UCUUCUAUCCACACUUCAAAAAAAAAAAAAAAAGAAAACUACCGCCAUUCUCAUACACUCAUACACAAACAAAAAAUCAGAGGAAUAAAAUUAGAGAAUUGGGUGAAAAUAGGUGUCAUUUUUAACAAUUUGAUUUGAAUUUGUGGGCAAAUUAAAAUGAUGAUGAUUAGGGAUUCAAGGUUGCCAAAAGGGAAGCUUUUGAGAUCAUUUUCCAUGGUUUCUUUAAGCUUUUUCAUGGCUUCUUUGUUAGUUUCUGCUGAAAGAAAAAACCUAAAAUCCCCCAAUAAUGUCACCUCUGAUUCAUAUUCAGAUCGUCUUCUUUCACAAUUUGUCAACUUUUUAUGGCAAUCUGAUGAAUCUGGUUACCACCAUGUUUGGCCGGAAAUAAAAUUUGGGUGGCAAAUUGUUUUGGGUUCAUUCAUUGGAUUUUGUGGAGCAGCAUUUGGAAGUGUUGGUGGUGUUGGAGGUGGUGGUAUAUUUGUGCCAAUGCUUAGUUUAAUCAUUGGGUUUGAUCCUAAAUCUGCAACUGCUAUCUCAAAAUGUAUGAUAACUGGUGCUGCAGCCUCAACUGUGUACUAUAAUCUGAAACUAAGGCAUCCAACUCUUGAUAUGCCACUCAUCGACUACGAUUUGGCUCUGCUUUUCCAGCCAAUGCUCAUGCUAGGAGUUAGUAUCGGUGUCGCUUUUAAUGUUAUUUUUGCUGAUUGGAUGGUCACAGUUUUGCUUCUUAUUCUUUUUGUUGGCACAUCUACUAAGGCAUUCUUCAAGGGUAUUGAAACUUGGAAUAAGGAAACAUUGAUGAAGAAGGAUGCUCUUAGGCAGUUAGAAUCGAACGGUACAAACGGUGAACCAGUUGAAUAUAAGCCCCUUCCCAGUGGCCCAUCCAAGGUUAAAGACACAGAAGUUUCCAUCAUCAAUAAUGUUUGCUGGAAAGAACUUGGUCUCCUUGUCCUUGUAUGGGCUGCAUUUCUUGGCCUGCAGAUUUUCAAGGAAAACACGGUCACUUGCUCAACAGCCUAUUGGGUUUUGAAUUUAUUGCAGAUACCUGUUGCUGUUGGUGUAUCUGCGUAUCAAGCAUACAGCUUAUACAAGGGACACAGAAUAAUCUCAUCGAAAGGAGAUGCUUCAACAAACUGGCAAGUCCAUCAGCUCGUCUUGUAUUGUUGUUGUGGGAUAUCGGCUGGCAUUGUUGGUGGACUGCUUGGCCUUGGUGGUGGAUUCAUUUUGGGUCCUUUGUUCUUGGAGCUUGGAAUACCUCCUCAGGUUUCAAGUGCUACUGCUACGUUCGCGAUGACUUUCUCCGCUUCUAUGUCUGUUAUCGAAUACUACCUUCUCAAACGUUUCCCUGUUCCGUAUGCGCUUUACUUCGUCAUUGUUGCUACUAUUGCUGCCUUUGUCGGACAACAUGUUGUACGAAAGCUGAUAGUUAUUUUAGGAAGGGCGUCCAUAAUUAUCUUCAUUCUUUCUCUAACGAUCUUCGUUAGUGCUGUCUCAUUAGGCGGAGUUGGCAUAUCAAACAUGAUCGGAAGCAUUCAGGCACAUGAAUACAUGGGAUUCGAAAACCUUUGCAAGUACAAGAAAUAAGACUCAUAAUCGUUGAAUUAUUUAUCGGGAAACAAAGGCACCCGCUACUUGCAACACUAUGCAAACUCGAUAAGAAAAAGUACGAGUGUUUCUUCGUUGCACAAUGUUGUUGUUAGUACAUAGAUUUUUUUUACUCAAUUUUUUGUGUAUAAAUGUUCAUUUUCGAUUAUUAUUGAUUUUGUCCUGUCACGAUUUCGUUUGUAAUAAUAUUAGACCCUCACUGGUGGAUCAGUGAUUUUGUUCUCCAAA